AGUGGAGAGUUUUCAAACAUAAGUGAUGCUGUUGUACUGACUGUCUCGGGUCCAUCUACACUGGAGACACCAUCACUCUGAUCUGUGAGCUGCAGUCGAAUGGAUGGGAGUUUCAGUGGUACAAAGAUUACCACCCUGUAGCUACCAACACACACGGCAUGACAGACAAUAAUGAAGGAGAAACAGUGUAUCAGUGUUCAGCUCACAGGCACAACUCUUGGGCAGGCACAGUCUACCACACAGAGUACAGUGAUCCUGUUACAAUAACAGCAAGAGUGAAACCAAAACUGACUGAGAAAGUGGAUCCUCUGAACUCUAUCUAUGCUGGAGACACCAUCACUCUGAGCUGUGAGCUGCACGAGAUGACUGGAUGGGAGUUUCUUUGGUACAAAGACAAUCUGCAAAUACAGCUUCAGUACUGUGAACAAGCAAACUCAUGUAAAGUGAUAGUUGAUUAUGCAGGAGAAAAAGUGUACCAGUGUAAUGCACGCAGGAGAAUCUACAAUAAUUAUUACUACUACACAAAGUUCAGUGAUCCUGUCAAGAUUUCAGCAAAAGAGAGACCAUCAGUACUGAGUGUAUCUCCACAGAACUGGCUGACUGAAGGAGACUCAGUGACUCUAAGCUGUGAGGUUACAGACUCCUCUACAGACUGGACAUUCAGCUGGUACACAGUUGUUCCCUACAGAGACGGAUUAACUCAAAUAAAAAAUACUGAAUAUGUCAUGUAUGUGGAGCUUCUCUCAGACAGCAGCAGAGGAUCUGGAGGCUCCUACACACUCAGUCCUUCUGCUCUUCAUCACACAGGAGUUUAUGUGUGUAGAGGAGAGAGAGGAGAACCAGCCUUUCAUACACUGUACAGCAAUCCACAGCCUCUAUGGAUCUCUGGUGAAUCUCCUCCAGUGUCUCUGAUCAUCAGUCCCAGCAGAACUCAACACUUUACUCGUGACUCUCUCUCACUGAGCUGUGAGGACCAGAGUAACUCUACUGGAUGGACAGUGAGACGAUACACAGACAGUGAAGGAGUGUUAGAUUGUUCACAGUGGGGAUCAGUUACAGGAUCUACAUGUAACAUCAGCUUCCUCUCCACAUCCUACACUGGAGUUUACUGGUGUGAGUCUGAAUCUGGAGAAAACAGUAAUCCUGUCAACAUCACAGUUCAUGAUGAUGAUGUGAUCCUGGAGAGUUCUAUUCAUCCUGUGACUGAGGGACAUCCUCUGACUCUACACUGUUUAUAUCGUAACACAAAUCCCUCAAACCUCCGAGCUGAUUUCUAUAAAGAUGGAUCAGUCGUCCAGAACCAGACUACAGGAGAGAUGAUCAUCCAUAAAGUCUCAAAGUCAGAUGAAGGUUUCUACCACUGUAAACACCCAGAGAGAGGAGAGUCACUGAGAAGCUGGAUCUCAGUCAGACGUCCAUCACAUGUAGAAGCUCCAUUCUCAGAGCUCAUGCUGAUCAGUAGUGUAGUGACGGCAUCUCCAUAUCUGCUGAUCACCAUCAUUCUGCUGGUCAAAUGUUACAGAGCUCGAGCUCACACUGAUGAAGACAGAAUCGAGAAUGCAGUCAUAGAGGAGUGAACAAUGGAGGAAGUUCAUCUAUAAAAAGACGAUGCAUUUACUAUCAAAUCAUUUCAUUAUUGCUUGUUCUUUAAAGCUUUGUGUGGAUUUUAAAAUAAUAAUGAUUUGUCAUUUUAAUGUCAUCCUGUUAUUUUCUCUGCAUUUUAGAAACAUUGUUCUGAAUGGAUUAGUUUAGCUAAAGUCUGCAAACCUCCUCAUGAGGUGUAAGUUAACAUGUAUGUAAUGAAGGUUGAAAUAAUGCAUUAUAUAAAGUACAAAUAAUACACUGAGAAAACUCUUGUGCCUAUGUCAAUAUCAGCAUUUUUACAAUUUUAUAUAUUUUUUGUAGAAUAAUGUACUUGUGGCAAAUAUAUUAAUAAUAAAAUAGUAUGCAUGCGUGUACUAAACCCCUGCUACUGUUAUAUUGUUAUCUUGUGUAAUAGUAUCUCUUGUCUCCUGCUUUAACACUGGAAUUUCCCACAUGUUCUAGUCCCUGUCACCCUUAAACUGUUGU